AUGCCUGCACGUAAACCAACAGCUCGUUACUGUUUGUAUCGUACUUUUGUUGAUGUGUAUAUGAAAGCACAUGCGGAUGUACCUCGAAAGAUAUCACAUGCACAAGCACAAACUGAAUGGAAUCAAAUAAAAGGUGAUGAAAAAAAUGUUCAAGCAAAAAUUGAUGAAUAUACUGAAAGAUUUAAAUCAAGUAGUGCAGCUGGUUUAGGUCUUGAUGUAGAAGUUGAAAAAAAGAAAGACAAUGAUGAAGAGAAUGAAAAUGAAGAUAAUGAUGAUGGUAAUGAUGAUGAUUAUGAACCACAAAAGAAGAAACGUGGACGUAAGAAAAAAUGUGAAUCAAAUAUUGGAUUUGAAAAUGGUGGUCGUGUUUCAAAGAAACGUCGAAAACGUGAUGAAUCAUCUGAUCCAGAAUUUGAACCAGAAGAACCACCAACAAAACCAAAGGAAAAAAUGCGUACAGCUGCAGAAAUUCUUGCUAAAAAAUCUAAAGCACCAGCACAAGAAAAAGUUGCUAAUGAACUUCAUGAAAUAAAUGAACGUAUUAUACAAUUAGUUCAAGUUAAAAAUAUGGGUAUGGCAACAAAUGAACAAGAAAAACAAUUAAAAAAACUUCUUGUUGAACAGAAGAAAAAAGCAAAUGAUUUAAAAAGACUUAAAGCUGAACAAGCAGCAAAAAAGCGUUAUCGAGAAAUAAAAAAACGUAAAAUUGAAGCAUUAUGUGAAAAAAAUCCGGAAUUAGCUGCUGAAUUAAAUAAAAUCUAUCGACCUGUUAUUGGUCGACCACCAAUUGAAGAAGAAUGUCCUGAUUUAUUACAAAUCAUUGAAGAAAUUGCUAAAGUUGGUGGUGCUGCUGAUGAUAAUCGUCGUUCUGCAACAAUUCGCCCUUGUUUAACAUUAGAUGAUUUAAGAGAAAAAAUUAAAGAACGUGGUUACGAUAUCAAACGAUCAACACUUUAUUAUAGAUUAUUACCACAUCGUACAAAUUCAGUUGAUGGUAAAAAACAUGUUCGAACAGUUCCUGUCCGUCUUCGAAAAGCUUUAAAUGAUGAUCAUGGCAAACAUGAAGAUGGUCAUUUUGCAACUGCAACUAUUCGUUAUAUUAAAGAUUUAGCGGGUAUUUUUGGUAAUGAUGUUGUAUUUUUCUUAUCACAAGAUGAUAAAUGUAAAGUACCUAUUGGCUUACCAGCUGCUAAAAUUCAAGCACCUAUGCUUAUGCAUUUGGAUUAUCGUGUUCGUUUACCCGAUCACGACUGGACUGUUGCACCGCGUCAUCAACUUACACCAAGUGUUUAUGCUGCAUGUUUAAUGAAUGAAAAUAAUGAUGUCGGUUAUUCUGGUCCAACAUAUAUAGCAAUUCGUUCAGCUAAACAUGAUCGAAGUGAUGCAAAUAGUCAUUCACAUGAUUUUGAUACUCUUGUUGGUUUGAAAGAAUUUGAAAAAGCUGCACGUGAUUAUACAGGACAAGUUAAACCAGUUGUUAUUAUUACAGUUGAUGGUGGUCCUGAUGAAAAUCCACGUUUUCCAAAAACACUUGUUGCAGCUAUAAGAAAAUUUAAAAAAUAUAAUCUUGAUGCUUUAUUUGUUCUUACACAUGCACCAGGUCAAUCAGCUUAUAAUGUUGUUGAACGACGUAUGGCACCACUUUCACAUGAUUUAGCUGGUCUUAUUUUACCACAUGAUCAUUUUGGUACACAUUUAAAUGAUUCAGGUGUAACAGUUAAUGCUGAUUUAGAACGAACAAAUUUUAAAAAAGCUGGAGAAGUUCUAGCUGAAGUUUGGUGUGGAUCAGUUAUUGAUGAAUAUUCUGUUGUAGCUGAAUAUAUUGAUCCACCAGCAUCAACUCCGGAAGAAAUACGUUUAAUUGAUGCUAAACUUACUAUGACGAAUUUAUUAAAUCGUGUAUGUGAAGAAGAAGAAGAUGAAGAACCAGUGGAACAUCGUAUUCGACAAAGUGAUGAAUAUUAUCAAGAAAGAGUUCGUGCUUCACAGACUACAACUGAUGGUGACGUAUCAAAAGAUACACCAAAAUAUGAUAUUGAUGAGUAUUGGUGUGCAACACAUGUUCUUCAAACACAAUAUACAAUUCAAAUAAUUCGUUGUAAUUCAAUAUCAUGUUGUGGUCCAUGGCGUUCAAAUUAUAUUCAAGUAUUUCCACAUCGUUUUCUUCCAGCACCAGUUGCAUUUGAACGUACACCACGUGGCAUUGCCAUGGCUGAUCGUGAUUAUCAAAAAGGUGUUUUCUAUGGUUCUUUAAUUCAACGUAUACAAUUUCAUGGUGUUGUUAUGCAAUUUACACAAAAUGAUAUAUUACCAUUUGAUUAUUGUUGUUCAAGUGUACGAAAAGAAUUAAAACGACGUGUUUGUGCAAUUUGUAAACAAUAUAUUCCAUCUGCUUAUCGAAUGAAAAAUCAUUAUAAGAUUCAUCAACAACAAUAUGCAUCAAAUUGUCUUGAAUAUGAAGAAUAUAUGGUUAUAAAUGAAGAUGGUACAAUAAAUGAAGAUGAUGAAGCUGAAAUGCUUAGUUAUCAACGACCAUUACCAGGUGUUUCUGAUCCAUCAGCUAAUGGUGUUGUUAUCUUUUCAGAUAUGCUUGAUUGGUUAAAAUCUGAUUUUGAAGAACUUGAUCUUAAAGAACAAGCAUUUAAAGAAGAUUUCAAGAAAAAACAAAUGCGUUAA